AUGGCUUGGGCUCUGAAACUGCCGCUGGCCGAUGAAGUGAUCGAAUCCGGGCUGGUGCAGGACUUUGAUGCUAGCCUGUCCGGGAUCGGCCAGGAGCUGGGUGCUGGUGCCUAUAGCAUGAGUGAUGUCCUUGCCUUGCCCAUUUUUAAGCAAGAAGAGUCAAGUUUGCCUGCUGAUAAUGAGAAUAAAAUCCUACCUUUUCAGUAUGUGCUUUGUGCUGCCACCUCUCCAGCAGUGAAACUCCACGACGAAACCCUGACAUAUCUCAAUCAAGGACAGUCUUAUGAAAUCCGCAUGCUAGACAACAGGAAACUUGGAGAACUUCCAGAAAUUAACGGCAAGUUGGUGAAGAGUAUAUUCCGUGUAGUGUUCCAUGACAGACGGUUACAAUACACUGAACACCAGCAGCUGGAGGGCUGGAGGUGGAACCGACCUGGAGAUAGAAUUCUUGACAUUGAUGUCCCGAUGUCCGUGGGUAUAAUCGAUCCCAGGGCUAAUCCAAACCAACUAAACACCGUGGAGUUCCUGUGGGACCCUGCAAAGAGGACGUCUGUGUUUAUCCAGGUGCACUGUAUUAGCACAGAAUUCACCAUGAGGAAACAUGGCGGGGAAAAGGGAGUGCCAUUCCGAGUACAAAUCGAUACCUUCAAGGAGAAUGAGAACGGGGACUAUACUGAGCACCUGCACUCAGCCAGCUGCCAGAUCAAAGUCUUCAAGCCCAAAGGUGCAGACAGAAAGCAAAAAACAGAUCGAGAGAAAAUGGAGAAACGAACACCUCAUGAAAAGGAAAAAUAUCAACCUUCCUAUGAGACCACUAUACUCACAGAGUGUUCUCCGUGGCCCGAAAUCACAUAUGUCAGUAACUCCCCGUCCCCUGGCUUCAACAGUUCGCAUAGCAGUUUUUCCCUCGGGGAAGGAAAUGGUUCACCAAACCACCAGCCAGAGCCACCCCCUCCAGUCACAGAUAACCUCUUGCCAACAACCACACCUCAGGAAGCUCAGCAAUGGUUGCAUCGAAACCGGUUUUCUACAUUCACAAGGCUUUUUACAAACUUCUCAGGGGCAGAUUUAUUGAAACUAACUAGAGAUGAUGUGAUCCAAAUCUGUGGCCCUGCAGAUGGAAUCAGACUUUUUAAUGCGUUAAAAGGCCGGAUGGUGCGCCCAAGGCUAACCAUUUAUGUUUGUCAGGAAUCCUUGCAGUUGAGGGAGCAGCAGCAACAGCAGCAGCAGCAGCAGCAGCCGCCGCAGCAGCAGAAGCAUGAGGAUGGAGACUCAAAUGGUACUUUCUUCGUGUACCAUGCCAUCUACCUAGAAGAACUGACAGCUGUUGAAUUGACAGAAAAAAUUGCUCAGCUUUUCAGCAUUUCCCCUUGCCAGAUCAGCCAGAUCUACAAGCAGGGGCCAACGGGGAUUCAUGUGCUCAUUAGUGAUGAGAUGAUACAGAAUUUUCAGGAAGAAGCCUGUUUUAUUCUGGACACCAUGAAAGCAGAAACCAGUGAUAGCUAUCAUAUUAUACUGAAGUAG